AUGGCCACUUUUGCUUUUUGGCUGAGGGUCAAGUCACGUUGGGGUUUGCUAUUUGCAAGUGGGAUUCAGUGCCAAAGCUCAGUGGUGUGCGUCAAACGGCGCGCGUGGGUGUGUGCGUGCGCGGGUGUGUGCGUGCGCGCGCGUGUGUUGCUUUUCGAGCGCGAGCCGCGCCGUUGUAGCGCAAAAGCUGAGGGAAAGUCGCUGUUCCGUUCCUUUGCCUUCCUCACUUCGUCGCCUCUGGCUGUGGGCGGCGGUGGCUCCCGGAGGACACCCCCGAGCCCGGGCUAUGACCUGCCUCCCGACCUACUUGAGUGGCGGCGGCAGCAGCAGCAGUCCUUACGGCGCCCUUCGCGCCUUGCUCAAAUCUUCGCGGCGGCACCAUCCGCCCCCACCGCAGCGGCACCUCACCUUAACGCCCAGCUCCGUCUGCCUGGCCGAGUCGGUGGUACCCUCCGACGGGCUGCCUCCGCCUUCUUCGGCGCUGGCGGGGCGCGGGUCUUCGCUGCCCCCUUCUCUCCCUUCUUCCUCACAGCGGUGCCUCAGCUCGGACGUUUCCUCAGAGCUCCCUUCAAGGGUCGACGGCGGGUUCCGCCCCGCCCGGGUAGUGGUGGUGGCCAAGACGACCCGUUACGAGUUCGAGCAGCAGCGGUACCGGUACGCGGGGCUCUCGGAGGAGGACCUCAAGCAGCUGCUGCUAUUUACUGCUCAUGUCUAUGGAUGAAAUUUUCAGACGGUCUGUCAUCAAAGGAGCUGGUACAACUGCAUGACGCUCAGCUGAAAUCAUUGUGGAAGUCCCAAAAGUUGCUCAAAGAGCAAAUCCAAGGCCUUAAAAAGAAGGAUCGACUGCAUGCUGAGAUCAACAUCGUUGAAGGCAUCAUGCGCUCCGUAAAGGAAAUCCUCAAGGAGAGUGACAUCCCAGGAGAGAACAAAGAUGCUAUUAUAGGCCACAUAUCUUUCAAGCGGAGCCUGCCUGAAACAGAUCCUGGUCUAUCAUACUGCAGAAAAUGAAAGCCACUAGGUCUCCUAAUGUGGCUCAAUGAGUGAAAAGACCUCCUAGAUCCUGCAGCUCAUGAACAAUGUAUUUAUAUAAAACCAGAGAAAGAGCCCAUACUGUGGACCACCUGAAUGAAGCUCACAGACCACAGUUUGGGAACUUCUGCUCUAUCUUAUAUUCUGAAUACAUUCCCACCAAAAGUGGGCAAAGGUACCUGUUCUCCCAUCACAUCUCGGAUAUAAAUCAGGAACACUGGAGUACACACAUACAGUUCUCUAGAUUUUUCUCCAUCAAUGUUAAGUCUUAUUAAACUUUUCUCUCAAACACACAUUGACCAAA